AUGAAGAGACACUUUGGAAUCUUUAUGCGACUCGGCAUCAAUGGUCCAGAACCGUCCCUCGUCUGUGGAAAUCUGAUAGAAAUCGUCAAGAAAGGACAAUUUCAAGCAAUCGUCGAUUGGAACAAGCAAUACGGCAAAGUUUUUGGUUAUUUUGAGGGCUAUACCCCAGUGCUAUCUGUGAGCGAUCCCGAAAUCCUUCGAGAAAUCCUUGUAAAGGAUACUCAGAACUUCAACUGCAGGAAACCAUUUCCACUGGCACCAAGGAAAAGUCUUGGAUUGUUUCUCGAGAAUGGACACCAGUGGAAGCGAAGUCGGACGAUUCUUAGCCCAGCGUUUAGUUCCGGAAAACUCAAACAGAUGUUUUCAAUCAUCAGCAACAACGUCGACAUACUGGUCAAAAUGUUGACAGAAAAGUCUAAGAAAGGAAAUCCAUUCGAUAUUUACAGCACAUUUCAAGGUUUGACUCUUGACGUGAUUGGUCGGUGCGCCUUUGGUCUUCAUACCGAGGCUCAGACGGACCCAAACGACCCGUUUCUAAACAACAUCCGGAAACUCUUCAACAACAUGGCCACCACAUUCAUCCUGCCUUUAGUUAUGUUUCUGCCGGUCCUCAGCCACUUCAUCUUUGUUGUGAAGAAUAUCGUCUUUAUAUUCGGCAUGAACCCAGUGGUGUAUCUCAGAGAGAAAAUGAGGGAAGUUACCAAGAUCAGGAAAGAGAUGGGGCCAAACACAAAAAUCGUAGAUCUGGUACAACUGAUGCUGUUUCCAGAGGUGCACAAAUCUCAAGGUCAAGGCGACAUCAUCAAGAACCGGAUGACGGACCGCGAGAUAGUGGCGCAGAGUCUGACGUUUCUGUUGGCGGGAUACGAAACUACCAGUACCGUCCUGGCUUUCCUGACCCACGUGCUCGCAAAUAACCCGGAUGUGCAGAAACGCCUGUCGGAAGAAAUCGAGAGGAUAGUUGGAAAUAAGAAAGUAAGCUACGAAACCGUUCAGGAUUUGCCUUAUUUCGACAUGGUGUUUGAUGAAGUGUGUCGACUCUACCCUACAGCGGCAUUGAUAGUCACGAGGACAGCGGCGGAAGAGAGGACGUACAAGGGCGUCACCAUCCCGGCGGGAAUGGCGGUGUUAGCCGAUGUUUGGUCGCUCCACCACAAUGCAGAGUAUUGGAGCGAGCCGGAAACGUUUAACCCUGAAAGGUUUUCUUUGGAGAACAGACAGAAGAUCAUACCCUAUUCGUUUCUUCCGUUUGGAGCAGGACCACGAAACUGCAUAGGGAAACGGUUCGCCAUCAUUGAGGCCAAGGUCGCUGUGGUGAAAAUCCUACAGAAUUUCCACAUCAAGCCGUGUUUGGAAGACAAAAAGCCUCUCAAUCUUGUAGCGAGGGGAGCCCUGGUGCCGAAAGAGGAGGUCAAGGUCGUUUUGGUGAAGAAAGACAAGACCAGAGACGCCAUUAUAUGGUGGACAACUCUACAAGUCAUGAUAGACCUCAGCAUCAUUGUCAAGUGCGAAGUUAGUGCAGCUCCCCUCCUGGCAUUCACCACAUGCAAGUGUGCAUUCCAACCCGUGCCUCUUGCAACUGCACUUGCGACUGUUGCACUGCCCUUUACAGUGACACCGGAAUACGUUCAUCAAACAUUCUGGGGCUGGUGA